AUGGCAUCUAUGAAUGCGCUUGUGCUCCAUGAGCCGGGGAAACUCAGUCUUGAGACGGUUCCUAAACCAAAUGCAGCCCCCGGCUCAGUUGUAGUGAAAGUGCUUGCCGCGCCAAUGUGGGAUUAUGUUCCUGACAUCCUUAGCGGACAACGAGGAUACCCUCUGCCUUAUCCCCUCAUUUUCGGGACGGCUUGCGUCGCCCGCGUGGAAGAGGUUGGGCCAGAUGUCAAAUGUUUCACUCCAGGGCAACUGGUUUUCUGUGACUAUGUUAUUCGAUUAAAUGACGAACGAGUCGUACAAGGAUAUCACGGUGGCUUCACACCUCUUGAGCUAGCCAUGUCAAAAGAUUACUGGCGAAAUGGCUGUUACGCACAAUGGGCGAAAUUCCCCGCAGAGAAUGUCCACCCCAUCUCCAGUUCUGUCACUGCUUCGCCAUUUGAGUUAGCCGAAAUAGCUAGUCUUAUGCCUGCUCUUGGAGCUGCGAACUCUAUUUCCGUCUGUCCCGGCGAGACUGUUCUUCUACUUCCCGCCACGGGAUUCUUCAGCUCGAGUGUGAUACCCGUUGUACUCGCUCUGGGUGCGAAUGUUGUGGUGGGUAGUCGUUCCCAAGAAUCGCUCGACAGGCUGGUAAGCCACUUUGAGGGGGAAACAGACGGAAGGAUUAAAAAGGUUGUUCUGACCGGAGAUGCGACGAAAGACACGGAGAAUCUGAAGGCGGCAACACCAGGCGGCAAAGGUGCCGAUGCCUACAUUGACUACGCUCCACCGAUGGCUGAUGGAACGCAUGUCUCGGCUGGCAUCAUGGCCCUCAAGCGAUAUGGACGAUGCUGCUUUGCUGGCGUAGUCCUCGAAGAUGUUUCCUUGCCCUAUGCCCCCAUCAUGGUCAACUGCAUCACUAUCCGCGGCCAAUUUGCCCAGGGACACAGAGAUGUGGCACAAGUUAUCCGUUUCAUUGAGUCAGGGACCCUGAAGCUGUGGAAAAAGGUCCAGGGGCCGUUUUCGCUGAAGCAGUAUAAAGAAGCGCUCGCGGCGGCAAAAGAAAGUCGCGGAUGGGAUAAGAUGGUUGUACUCGCGCCAGAACAUGACGCAUGA